GCAGGCAUAGAUAACUUUCAGAAAAUGUUCCUCCCGUCUUGAGAAUCUUCCAUCGCCACGAGUUCGUUCAUCCUUGCGCAUCACCAACCUGUCGUCGCAAUGAAGUCACAAGCAAGACUGGCCGUGCGCCUCGUACAGGCCCGGCCAUCUCUGGCUGCGUCCUCGGCUGCCGUGCUCCCCCGUCAGAUCCAUACGACACCUGCCUCGCCCGCGACAGUCUCCUCCAUCCACGGCCAGGGCCCGCCGCCCGAGCCCCCCUUGCCAGCCGCCGACAGCAUCUCGCAACGCAUAGACCGGCGAAAGAGGCAAGCUUCUAUGCUCCAGGCCGCCCAGGAGUUCCGAAAGUCCAAGACAUCCUCGCAGUACCAGCCCCUCCGCAAGCGCUUCUGGAAGGAUGUAUCCGUGAAGGAAGUCGACGGCGCUCUGGAGGUGCACCUCGAUGCGAGACCCCUGCGACAUCCCACGACCAAACAGAUUGUGCGCCUGCCGCUGAGCAAGCCUCUGCUGGCGAACGCCCUGGCGCUGGAGUGGGACCUGCUCACUUCAGUGCAGCAGGCGACGAAGCAGCACUUGAUUCCCUUGACAAGUCUGGUUUGCCGGGCGGUGGACAUUGGCGCGGAUGAUGCCGCAGACGGACAGAUCAGGGAGAACGUCGUGAAUAUGGUCAUGCGUUACCUGGAUACCGACUCUCUUCUGUGCUGGGCGCCGCCGCCGAACAAGUACGAUGACGUGCCGGGCCAGGAGACCCUCAGGGAGAAGCAGGAGAAGGCUUACAAUGAGAUCAUUGGCUAUCUCACCACCCGAGUCUUCCCCGGCGUGGAGAUUAUACCAGUGUUAGACGGCGAGUCUCUCAUGCCUAAGAGCCAGAGCCAAAUCACGACACAAAUCAUUCAAGGAUGGGUAUCCGGCCUUAACCAUUGGGAAUUGGCAGGUCUGGAAAGAGCUGUGUUGGCCGGAAAGUCGCUUCUCUGUGCAGUCAGGCUUGUUGUCGAGUGGAGCGAGGGCCCCGCCGGCACGCCCUCGGGUGUUGGUGCAGUCCAGGCUGGCACGAAGUUUGGGAUCGAGGAAGCUGCCAAGUCUUCGAGUCUUGAGGUUGACUGGCAGAUUGGUAACUGGGGUGAGGUCGAAGACACCCAUGAUGUUGAAAAGGAGGACAUCAGACGACAACUGGGCGGCGUCGUUCUGCUCAUUUCCGGCACGGGUAGAACGUAACCAUGGCUGUAACAUGAAAGUACAACUAUUGUAAAAACAACAAGUAUUAUAUUCAAUAUAUUUGUAUCAUAUAUGGAUUCCGCAGUUUUCUUCAAUUUUGGAAUAGAUGAUAAGGGUGUUAGAUGUGUUUUGAG